AUGUCACUUGCCUGUGGGCCAGAGCAGUUCGCGGUGCUGCCGACCUUGGCCGUUUCGGGGGCGGUGGUAGUGGCCACCGUGGCUUACCGCACCUCCAUCGCUUCCCGUGGGGGCCGCGAGCGCGAGUGGCGCAAGCGUCGGGCGGGCGAGCUCCUGGGUGAGGAGACAAAUGCCGUCGAACCCAAAGCGGUCGGGCGCAGCCGUGCACCUCAGGAGAAGCAGAAGGAAAGGGAGAGCAGCGCACAGCUUUCCAAUCGAAGUGCCGCGCGCGCCAUCCACGAGGAUCGUGUGGUUCUCAUUGACAGGGAGGGCUACCUAGCGGCGCGUGCCCACCUCCGCCUCGUCACCUCCUGCCUGGUGGGUGCCAGCAUUGCGGCAGCGGCUCAGCCAGGGGGCUCAGACAUGAUCUUCGCACUUAGCCGCUUCGUGCUCCUGUUGCUGUUGACUUGGGAGGCCUUCCAGAGUGCAGCAGGUCGGAUUGGCUCCUGUUUGGGGCUGCUCAGCCUCGAGCAGCAGCGCCUGGCGCCCGCCACCCCACUGCUUGGCACGGCCAAGCGCCGUGGCUCCGGGGCAGAGACGCUGCUCUCACAAUUGGGGCCAGCUUCCGCAUCGAUGCAGAGCCUCGACCGACUGCGACUGGCUGCACUGCACUGCCUCGCGCUGGCUCUGCUGAUUUGGUUCGAGGUCGUCCGCCACCCGGAGCUCAGAACUGCCGCUUGCGAGGGCCACGAGGCCUCGGCGGCGGCGUUGCUGACUGAGAGGGCCUCGGCGCUGACGAUGGUAGUGGCCUGGCUUUUCGCGGCUCUAACACGCACGGCAGCAUGGCGCUGCGAGGCUUGCGUGUGGCUUGCUCCACGCGCUGAGGAGGUGCUCUCAGAGUACAUCGAGAGCGACCGGGGCUGUCCCCUAGCGGGCCGAGCCCUGGACUUGGCUGAGGCACUUUGUGCCGAGCCGCGCGUGGCAGACGCCUGGCUCCGGGAGCUCUCGGGGCUGUCGCUCUUGGUCAUGGAUGGUGCAUCCCAGAUCCGGCCCUCGCCUGGCAUCGGCCCGGGCUCCGUGGAGCUCGGGGAGCUCGGGGAGCUGCAGCGCGACGUGCAGGUAGAGUUGCAGCGCUUCAGCGAUGCCACAGAGGCACGGUUCGAGGAGCUGCUGGCGGCCACGGAGGCCCUCUGCCAACGAGCCGAGAGCACCACGAAGCCCGUGGAGGGUGCGGCGAAAGUGCGACGGAAGACUUCCAAGGGCACUCGGGAGCAGCUGCUGAAGACCAAGCUAGACAGUGCCAGGGGUCUCCCGAUUCCAGAGACGUCGGAGUCUCGCGGCAAGCCGAGCGACUCAGGCUCUUCUUCCGAGGCUCCCAACCGUGAGGCUGCCGAUGCUGAGCGAAUCCAGGCAGACUUUGCUGCCUCGCGCGGCUCCUUGGCGCAGCUCCUGGAGCAGGCCUUGAAGUACGAGACCUCAAAGCAGUCGCAGCCACAGGAGGCACCGCCCACGCUUGGGUUGAAACCUUCCGCACUCCCAGAUCCAUGGUCCGAUGUCACAGCCCGGGCGACGCAAGGAGUUCAAAGAGAAACUCCUCGCGCACAGGCCGACCUGCAGCCGAAAGAGCCCGCCGGGUCCAGCGUGCGCUCCGAGUCCCAAGGCUCCUCGGUGAGCACUCAGCGGCCCAGCCGCGGCCCGAAGCGUUAUGCAGAGAUGCGGUUGUACUGUCGAUGUCGUUGA